UUAUUUAUUUCUCAAAAAAAAAACAAUUACGGGCUCUUCACAUCGUCCAGUGUCAAAAUCAAGAAAAACAACCAAACAACAGCCAAAACAAAACAGCUCAACAUGGCUGAAUCACCACCACCACCACCAAUCUCUUCCUCUCUUGCUCUUCCACAAUCCCAAAUCCCUAACCACAUGGUUCCUCCUCCCUUGCCUCCUCCACCACCUCCUCCUCAGCCUCAGCCGCUCUUUUCCUUCAUCAAAAGGCCAUCACUUAGACUCACUUCAGAGUUUGACAGUGACGCCUCCAUUUUCUUCCACAAAAUCUCCACCAAGCUCUUUCAUAGCCUUGCCAAGUUCAAAUUUUCCUUCCAGAAUAACAGUAAAGGUGAAAUCUUUCAACCCCACUUGGCUUUCUCUUCCAAACACCUCUCUAUUCAGUAUGAUGUCGAAGAACAAAAUGCCCUCGUUAAUUCCUCCUUUGAUGUUGGCCCUAGGCUCCACUUUAAUGUUUCCCAUGAUGUCAAGGCUCAACAAGGAGAAGUGGCUGUGGUUGCAGACCUAGCUGAUCCUGGCUAUGCAUUGCAGUUGUCGUCUCCAGUUCCAUAUGUUGGUUUGCCGAGAGCAACUUUCAAAUUUCCAAAUGGUGAAAUUUUGUUGGAGGAAAGAGAUGACGAAGAAGAGAAGAAAAUAUUGUCGGUAAGUGCUAUUGCAAAGGGUCAGAUUUUGAAUGGGAUCUGCACUGCUGAAUACCAGGAGGAGGAAGUGAAACUAAGAUACUCCUACAAGGAUGAUGAAAUGGCAUUCAUUCCAACCAUUUCACUUCCUUCAAAUGCCAUAUCAUUUGCGUUCAAGCGCCAGUUCAGUCCAUCUGAUAAGUUGAGCUACUGGUACAAUUUUGAUUCCAACUUCUGGAGUGCAGUGUACAAGCACACGUAUGGCAAAGACUUCAAAUUCAAAGCUGGUUAUGAUUCAGGGGCUCGUCUAGGCUGGGCAUCUCUCUGGGUCGGAGAUGAAGUGGGCAAGGCAAAGACAGCGCCAAUGAAGAUGAAAGUCCAAUUCAUGCUCCAAGUGCCACAAGAUGACAUAAAAUCAUCGGCGUUAAUGUUCCGCAUCAAAAAGAGGUGGGAUAUAUAGAGAUAGCUAAUAUUAGUGUGACAACUACCCCAUCCUCUAUAUCUCAAAUAUGGCUUUGGGACAUGUCCCAUUGUAAUGAUGCUUAUUACUACAUAUAAUGACGUCAAUUUGUUGUUUUCAA